ACAUAUAUAAAGCAAGGUUUUUAUAAAUGGUAUAGGCAAAAUCAAACACUUAUAAGGCUGACUCUCUGGUCCAUGUUGUGGGAACUAUACGCCGAUCUUUGCCGAGUAAGAAGCGAAGAGUUUAGGACGCCAUGACUCCACUGAGAAAGCUAGCCGAACUCUGCCUUAUUUUGACAACAGUCCACUUCUCACUUGGCCAGUACAAGCCGUUCGACUGUCGACGUCCCGGGAUCAUCUGUCAAUCAGGCCAGGGACAGAAAGGGGCGUGUCAGAAUGACGGCACGUGCUCGUGUCCUAACUCCGCCUACGAGGGAUAUGACUGCGGAUUGAGAACAGACACACUGAAGACCUCAGGAUGUUCCGUCAACUGUGGCAGCAACGGGCAAUGUUAUAAUGACGGAACUGCCGAUAGGUGUCGCUGUAGGGCCGGAUACUACGGAAGUAACUGUGAGCGGAAACGAGUCAGCGUUGCGGAUUGCACCUCAAACAGCAUGAGAGUCAAUAUCAAUCCACUCGGGAAGUUCAAAGGGAAGAUUUAUGUGUCCAUGCUCUCGCUGACGUCCGCGUGCGUAUUUACAACGAUCCCGGCCGGUGGAGAUGAGGCAGGAUAUCAGCUGACGCUAAGCCUAAGCGACAAACCGGCGGACAAUCCCUGUGCGUCACAACUGAAAAAGAGUGGUAACGCCUCCACAUAUGACGUCAUUGUUCAGUAUAGCUCCGCUUACCUGGCUCACACAGACGAGAAGCACACUGUCACGUGUUCUGAUGGCGGGAACGUUGGGUUGGUUGGUACUGUGAUCAACAGUGGUGGUCUGGAGGGAAUUGACCUUGGCGGCCUCAGUGGACAGUCAGUCAGCCAGACGUCACUCAACGUCCCUAUCACCAUGCAGGUCAUUAACGAAGACACGGGCAAUCCCGUCUCCUCCGUGAUUCGAGUAGGAGAACGCCUUACGCUGCAAGUUUCCAUGGAUACAACUAAACCAAAUGACUAUGUGGAUUUCUUCGUUGAGUCUUGUUCCAGUUUUAACCGUGACUACCGAUCAAACUCUGCCACCACAUCCGGUCAGCUGUUGGAAAAAGUCCUUGUCUUGGACAGGUGCCCCUCCCCCGAUGCCAUGGACGUUCUCUCCGGUGACCUCCAGAAGUCCGCGAACACGGUGUCCAUCGGCUUCCGGGGCUUUAAGUUUGAGGGACAGGAUUCUCUUUACAUGUCCUGCUCGGUGAAGCUGUGUCGGGCGGCGGACAGAGCUAGCUGUGAACCGAAAACGUGUGACGGCAGCUCGACAAGAAAAGGUUACGGGCGUAAGAGAAGACAGGUGGACGAAGACAACAAAGUGAACGUCACCAGGAAGGUCUUCGUUGUUACCUUUGGAGACAACACCGUUAUGGAGCCAGUGGACACGUCCCCAGUCGUGGAGAAGGAACGAUGCAUGGAGAAUACCGCCUUUGUGGCAAUUGUAGCGGUAUUCGGGAUCGUGCUGACGGCUGCUGUCGUGGCGGCCAUUUUGCUAUGCCUGCGUACUUAUCACUUGCAGAAGAAGAAAGUUGGUGGGAAGGCUUAA